AUGCGCUCGGAGAAGGAGGGGCCCGGAGGCCCCAGCGUGGCCGUUGCUGCGCGGAGCCAGAGCGGAAGGGAGAGGCCGUCCGCCGCGGACGUCCACGUCCCCCGGGAGUCGCCUCGGCGAGAGGCGGGGGCGCCGCCGGCCUUGGCCUGCAGCUGUGCAGGCAGCGCAGGCAAACCUCGCGAGGAGAAGAGGACGGUCCUGAGCAAGGUAGUCAUCCGGCGCCUUCCUCCCAGCCUCACCAAGGAGCAGCUGGAAGAGCAGCUACAUCCACUACCUGCACACGAUUACUUUGAAUUCUUUACUGGGGAUCUCAGUCUUUAUCCUCAUCUCUACUCAAGAGCAUACAUUAAUUUUAGGAAUCCUGAUGACAUUCUUCUUUUUAGAGAUCGGUUUGAUGGCUAUAUCUUCAUUGACAACAAAGGGCUAGAAUACCCUGCAGUGGUAGAAUUUGCUCCAUUCCAGAAGAUAGCCAAAAAGAAGCUGAAGAAAAAGGAUGCCAAAACCGGAAGCAUUGACGACGAUCCAGAAUAUAAGAAGUUCUUAGAAACUUACUGUGUGGAGGAAGAGAAAACUAGUGCCAAUCCCGAAACUCUUCUGGGAGACAUAGAGGCAAAGACAAGAGAACUUAUUGCUAGAAGAACCACACCUCUUCUUGAAUACAUUAAAAAUAGAAAAUUAGAAAAGCAGAGGAUUCGAGAAGAGAAGCGAGAAGAGCGCAGGCGAAGGGAAUUGGAAAAGAAACGCAUACGGGAAGAGGAAAAAAGAAAGAAAAGAGAAGAAGAAAAAUGUAAGAGAAAAGAAACAGACAAACAAAAGAAAGCUGCUGAGAAAGAAGUAAGGAUUAAGCUUCUUAAGAAACUGGAAAAGGGAGAGGAAGCAGCCACUGAGAAACCAAAAGAACCUGGAGAGGAGACUGAAAGUGGAGAGGGACCGUGGGCAGCCAGUCCGGGCUGCGCCGUGGGGAAGGCCAAGCCCCGGGAGAGCCUGCCGGAGGAGCGCAGGGAAGAGUCACAGAAUGACAGUGAUAAAGAGCAAAAGGAUAUGGAGAGAAAAUUUCGAGAAAAAGAUCUUGAAGCACAAAGAUACCACUUGGAUGACAGCAGAAAGCUCAGAGCUCACUAUGAGUUUGACAAGUUUUCAAGAAGAAAUGAGGAAGAGAUGAAACUGGGGAAAGGAUUCACCCCCGACAGGGGGAAGACGGAGAGCCAGGACCGCGGAGGCCCUGUGGAAGCAGCAGAGAGACCAGGGAGAGAACUGAACAGCGAGGACAGCCCAGCACCCAGGAAGGAGAGAGUGCGGAACAAGGACCGGCCGGCCUUGCCACUGUACCAGCCCGGAGUUCGCAUGAGAGCGCGCGAAUGUGGAGGAAGAUUUUCGGAGGAGGGCCGAGAUGGCAGGAGGGCUGAGGCAGAAGAUUCAGCAGGGGCUGGUUCCAAGAAGAGCAAAGAGGCAGACUGA